UCGGGUGAGGCGGCGUCCUCGUCUGACCCCGGACGGGGCGGGGGCGGGGCCGAGCGCGAAGGCGGGGGUGGGGGUGGGGGAGAAGGAAGGCUGGGGAGGCGCCUCCCGCAAAGCCGAGCUGCAGCCACUGCCAGAGACGGAGGGGAGCAGGAAGGAAAGACUCGAGGACGGCAUCAGGGAGUCAGGUGGGAGCCAGAGAAGGAAGGCAAGAAGGAAGGAAGGAAAUAGAGAGACAUCUAUCCCUCCACGAGACUUUGGAGUGAUGGAUCUUCCACUGGAGGUUCCUCCAGUCCAGCCUCAACUGGAGACUCAGCAACUCCCUCCCUCCACCCAGGUCUGCGAAUUGCGCACAGCUGUGUCCUGCUUUGCCGAGGAGACAGUCUCCAUGCUCUCGGCCAACGGCCUUCUGAAUCACUCUGUACUCAGGACAGCAGGUGGCAUGGGGACCCAAACAAAGGAUCAUGGGGUAAACUCAGCCGCGGCCCGCCGCAAGCGAGAGUUCACCCCAGAUGAGAAGAAGGAUGAUGGCUACUGGGACAAGAGGAAGAAGAACAACGAGGCUGCCAAGCGUUCCCGGGAGAAGCGGAGGGUCAGCGAUCUGGCCCUGGAGGGGCGGGUGCUGGCCCUGUUGGAGGAGAACGCUCGCCUCAAGGCCGAACUGCUGGCUCUUAAAUUCCGCUUUGGUUUGAUUCGGGACCCGAUGGAGCCCGUCCGGCCUGUGGUGGCCCUUGCCCCUGGCCCAGAAGUGCCUCGGCCAGCCACGACACCCCAACACUACCCGGUGGCUCCUGAGCCACCACGCUACGCCUGCCCCUUCCGACCAGAGCCAGCCACUAGCUCUGAGGAUUCUGGGUUCUCCACCCCAGGCAGUUCCAAUAUGGGGAGCCCCGUCUUUUUUGAGGAGCGUGACAGGGCUGAGGAAGGAAUGGUUUAUGAUGGGCAGUGCUUGGUGCCUGAGGCUCCCGUUGACGGAGCUGAUUUGGGCCGGGCUGGCCGUUAUGACUCUGGGGAGAGUGUCAAAGGUCUCCCCCACAAGCUGCGCUUCAAAAUGGCUGUAGGGUCAGAGGAGGUUGCUGGGGAGCCCUCUGGACAUUACCCACCAUCUCCACCCAUGGGAACCUGGAGAGGUCCAGCCACCCGGGAGGAGCAGAGGAGCGUAGGAGUGCCUGGUGGUGCCAUGGCAUUUGACAGCUGCUGCGAAACAGACACACCUGGAGUCCAGCUGCCAGCCCUUCCGGGGUCCCACUUCCAGACAGAAAACAGCACCUUGCGGAGCCAGCUCGCUUCACUUUCUGCUGAAGUGGCCCAGCUCAAAAAGCUCUUCUCUGAACAGAUCCUGAUCAAGAUGAACUGAGCAGAGGCACUCAGCUGAAUGCCUGGCCUCAUAGGCAGAGGGUUACUUUCCCUCCUCACCCUCACUCCCCAAUUGUCAAGUCCUAUGUUUGUACAUAAUGUGACCCUGUGGGGUCAGUUUCUUUUGUUUCCAUUCAUUAGAACACCUUCCUUUAGAAUAUGUGCUAUUAACUCCUGUUUCUGGCAGCUCUCAAACUUUCUAUGUUCAGGAAAUUCAGGAAAUGUAUUUUCUAUUUCAGUGGUUCUCAACCUGUGGGUCCCCAUGUGUUUUGGCCUACAACUCCCAGAAAUCCCAGCCAGUUUACCAGCUGUUAGUAUUUCUGGGAGUUGAAGGCCAAAACAUCGGGGGACCCACAGGUUGAGAACCACGUUCUAUUUGAACUUUUCUGCCAGAAAACCUUUGUGUUAGAAGAUUCCAGUAGGUACCUGAAAAGUACCAUUUACAUGGGCCAAAUGAGGUCCAUGAUAUUCCCGACAGGCUGUAAAGGAUGAUGGUUUAUGGGUAGUGACUGCCAAUGUGAAACUUGAGACAAAGGACAAUAUGGAUCCUAUCCCACCACCAAAGUGAAGUGUGCUGGCAAUUCAAUUUGACUCCAUCAUGGAUGAUGGGGCUGUCUCCUACCCCACACCUAAUUUAGAGUGUGCAUGAUAGGCCAUGUGGCACACACAAAUCUAAUGCUCCUUCCACAUAGCUGUAUAAAAUGCCACAUUAUCUGCUUUGAACUGGAAUAUAUGGCAGUGUAGACUCAGAUAACCUAGUUCGAAGCAGAUAUUGUGGGAUUUUCUGCCUUGAUAUUCUGGGUUAUAUGGCUGUGUGGAAGGGCCCUACGCAUCCUGAUUGUGUGAUAUGGGCUUCUUCAUUCAAUGUGACACAAAACAGUCCUCUCUUUGAAGGUGUUCUCUGCUCAAAGGGCUGUUUAGUUCAAGUCAGCUUUGAAUGCGAAGUAGCCUAAUAUAUCUUUACAGUGACGUCAGAUACCAGUAUCUGCUUUUUGAGACAGUUGCCUCGCCCUGCCUCAUGGUAGGGCUGAUCUUGCCAAUUGCUGAUCUUUUCACUGUGUUUCCAGUGACUCCAAACCAGAACUCAGUAGCCACUGUCCUAUUCAGCCUUAAGAAAAAUCAACCCUAUUAGUUCUUUCCUCUCCAAUGAGUCUAACUAAAUCCCACUCCCCAGUGCCAGUCCCUGGAGAGCAGUUUUCCUCAGUCAGAUCAGUGGGUCCCCGUGUCCCUUGUAUGGUCUCCCUUUCCCCACUUAGUUCUGAGUUUAUUGAGUUUUGCUAGAUUGAAAAAUCGAAGUAGAUUAGGGUGGGCACACAGAUGUUUCUAGAUGUUUGAAACAGAUCUGGGAAUUCCCAGAAUUCGCAAGCUAGAAUGUGCAGUGGUUGUGGUGGCUGGUGAAUUCAGAAGAACUUAACUCUGCUCCCUCUCAAUCAUAUGCAAGCCAAGGAACUGACAUGGUUGGAAAACAAAUCAAAGCAAAUGAAGUGGAGAACAGGGGUCUUUUCACAUUAUAGCACUGUGAUUCUCCAUUAUCUGUCAUGGAUAUGUCCUGUGGAGCCCUAGGAUUGGUUGAUAAGACAGGGGAACUUGGGGUUGUUGCUGUUAUUAUUAUUAUUAUUAUUAUUAUUAUUAUUAUUAACUUUAUACCCUCGCCUUUCUCCCUGUAAGGAUUCAAGGCGGCUAACAAUCCCAUACUUAGUCAAAUUUAAAAAGCACAAUACAAAAUUUAAAAACAAACAAUAACAAAUUAAAAUACAAUAAAUACACUUAAAAUGGGUUCUCAACCUGCAAGUUUCUCUUGCCCCUCCGAAUUACGAGUCCCACAGUUCCAUAGGAUACAGCCAUGGCAAGUAAAGUGGAAUCAUUGUGUUGUUUGGUGAAGACCCAGAGCUUCAGUGGCAAAUAGCAGUGUGUUCCUCACGUUGUCAUGCCGCCUUGCUCAAGUGCUUCAUUUCUAGGUCUCAGGCUUCUCUGGAAGGCAAAACCUUCUCACCAUCCUUGAGGCUUAGGAGAUUGCUACAAUUGUUUUGUUGUGGAUGGAAGGCAUUUUGUACAUGCACCAGGGUACUACUCUCUUUACAGUAUUUCAUAUGUUCCACUGUGGAAUCUUGGCACUGAACAUAUUCAGUUGAAGAUUAUUAUUUUUUAGUUGAUUGAUCAUCUGCCUUUUAAUCUAACCAUUUAAUUGAUUUUAAAUAAAUUUGUGUAUUGCUAUAUCCUCA